GAUCUGAUGAACGAAGCUGAGAAGACACCAAAUGUUGUGCAGGCCACCAACAAAGAGGGACUCUUUGAGAGACUGGAAGGCUUACAAGCAAAGCUGACCAUCUGUGAGAAGGCCCUGGCUGAAUAUCUGGAGACCAAGCGGCUGGCCUUCCCCCGCUUCUACUUUGUGUCCUCCGCCGAUCUGCUGGACAUCCUGUCCAACGGCAACAACCCUACCCUGGUAAACGCAAAAUACUUUGUUGUUGUCUUCUUCACAAGCUGUAAAAGUGUUGUGAAUUGCUGA